CAAAACUCCUCGGCACUGUUUGGACGUACUACUUUAACGUUCCGAGAGUCACUAACCUUUGAUAUGGAAAAAUUAUUAUUUCGAAAUUAAGUGUAAUUUGAAGAAAAAAAAACUUUAAUUUUAUGAUUUAAAUAAAGAUCAAAAUAAAAUGUUUGACGCGGAUGUAGAAUCUAACGACGAAUCUGAUAAUGUAAAACCUCUAGUAAGAAAAAAUCGAAAAAAACAGAAAGUGCUUAAACGCCGAAUAAACAAUAGAAAACGGCGAUUUUUACAAUGUAUCGGAAUAUGUGGAAUUCUAGUGCUUUUGAUACUCGGAAUAUUCAUACUUAUAAAUGUUGAAAUACCAUAUUUCCACAGUAGUGCCAAACGUAUUCUGCUGUGGAAGAGCUACUCAUGGCUUCCAGAACUGAUACCGACGCAAUCUGGUGAAAUAUUUUUAUGUGAAUCAACUAAAUGCAUACUUGAAUUUAGCAACGAAACUUAUAUUGAUCCGAAUAAAUUUGAUGCAGUUGUCAUUGACGCAUUACGAGCUAAAGAUUACGGCUUAAUAUCAAAUCGUAACUCACGUCCACUUUAUGUGGGUGGAUUGAGGAAUCCUCCUAGAAAUUUUUGUUUGAACUAUUCCGCAAAUAUGUUUAAUGGUUAUUUUGAUACACUUAUGUCAUAUAAACUCAAUUCUGAUAUAGUUUGGCCACACUAUGAAAUUAGAGAUUUGAAUAAUGUUUAUAAAGCACCAAGGUUUCAUCCACACUGGAACGAUGCUGCUCCAAUGCAUCAAGAGGAUAUACACAGUUUGAAAAUAUUUGCUGCAAAUAAAUCUAAAUUGGUCACCAGUUUUCCGACAAGCAACACAGAUAGUGAAUUUCAGAACAUAGUCAACCAACUCAAUACUGUCAUUACAAUAGAUGUUUGCGCAAAUUGUGAUUUAAGACAAUUAACCAUAUUGUAUAAAUUCAUACUCAUCUCAGCAGAAGCUAAUUGUAGAGAUCACGUGCCAAAUAUGUUCUACGAAGCUCUCAAGAAUCGAAUUGUUCCCAUUGUGUAUGGUAAAGUAGAUUAUAACCAUUUUGCUCCCUAUACAAACUUUGUAAGAGCUGACGAAUUUUCAAAUGUGGAAGAAUUUGGAAAUUUUUUAAAGUAUUUGGACAAAACACCUGAUGCUUAUUUACGGUACCUGACAUUUACAUAUCAAUAUGAUAUUGUUUUAACGCCACCACCUAUAUGUAAAUUGUGUAAGUUUUUAGAAAAAGAAAAUCUUAUGUAUUACCAGCUAAGGAAUGUGUCAAGACUAUUCCGUGAUGACUGUCUAUAUUAAUGUAGCAAGAUUAGAAUAAAUAAAACUUAU